AAUUAUGGCCUUAUGUGAUGGAAUUCUAUCUUACAAACAAAAAGAAGCUCCAAAUAUUAAAUUUGUAAAUGAAAAUUAUCUAAAUAUUGGGUUGAAAAUAAAAAAAUAUGAUAUUAAUCUCAUGCAAUUUUAUAUUGUUGAUGAUAAUAAUUAUCCUGUUGAAAAUGUACCUAAAAAUAUUAAAUGUUUUACUUUUUCGGGUCCUAAAAAAUUAUUAAAAGAAGCAAAAAAAAUUGAUAAUAAUGAAAGCUGA